UUUUUAAACAACUGAUUCAAGAGUAAAGCUAUUAGAAACGCUGACCUUUAGGAAUACCUUUCUAAAGUUGUCUUACUUUUAUACACACGAGGAGUUUUCUAAUAUCUAAUUCUCGAUUUCCCAAAAUUGUGUAUCUUUAUUAGCUGUAACCACUGGAUUAUUUCCUGAUGAAGUAUGUGAUGAUCUUUCUUUAUCAAUUUAAAUUACUGCCUAUUACAUCUGUAGUCUAAUGAUGUCUUUCUUUAUUCUCAACUACGGUAAGGCUUCCCAUAAUCUCAUUAGGAGAAUUUUUUAUAUUCGGUUAUGAGGGGUUUCCUGAUAUUAACACAAGAGUAAAAGUGUAUUACUGGGAUGCUCAACCUUAAUAUAGGAUGUGACCAAUUGAGCUGACAAUAUCAUUCGGAUAUAAACAAGAGAAUCCCGCCUCUCCAUUAUAGCAUCUUUCUUUACUUUACUGGGACCAUGUCAAUUUUAAAAUAUAUAAUAAAUACCAUAGUAAAACUUCACUGAAAUUUGUAGAUGAUUGGAUACAAUUUAUCUGGAAUAAUAAUACUAUCCAGAUAACGUUUCAACGAAAGAAAAGUCAAAAAUAUGGGUGCGCCGAAGAAAUGGUAAAUUAUAUUCUUAUUUGUUUAGAGAGAUAAAAGCUUUUGAUCGGUGAAAUUGACUAAGGAAAGUUCAAUGAUCUUUCUUUCAACACCUUAUUCUUCAAUUGUCAAUUAAAUAUGACAGUGGUUCUGAAUCAUUAAUAUUAUUAUGGACUUAAUUUGCAUGAUCAUUUCGUAUAUCUAUAAUCAUCAAAGUAGCUCACUUGAGGGAUUUAAUACUCCUCGAUUCAAUAAAAACUAUUGUACCUACAAAGAGAGGAUAAAUCAACGAUUAAUACCAUAUCAUCUACCCAUUCACAAAGGGAAGGAACUGAUCUAAAGAACUGUUAUCACUGAGUCGAUGAAAAAUUUAAAUAUAUAUAUAAUUUUAGCUAGGCACUAGACCAAUCCCUAAAUUAUACCUGUUGGUGCUAGUAUAAUAUAAACUGGUCAUGAUUAUCAGAAAAUAGGGGAGAAAGCAAGACAUCUCUUUCAACCUCCAUGCAAUUUUAAUUUGGUAGCUAUUCAAUAAAAACCAUAAAAAGUCACUGGUCAGAAUUUCAGAGUUAAACUAAAAUUUAAACGAAACAUUAAUAUUGAUUUAUGAGAAAAAAAUUAUGAUUUAUUAUAUUUGCUGAGUCUUACACAUUAUUCUCUUACAUGUAUCACAUACGUGUCAAGUUAGGACAAAAAUCAAAACAAAGGAAAAGAGUACGUACGCCCGAAUGGCAUCAAGUAUGGUUAUGAACCAUGGCAGCUAUACGUCUAAUCUCGGUUGUAGUGUGCGAAAUGUUCAGCGCUAAAUUCAUCAUUCUAUCCUAAGGUGCCAACUCACAGCACUACAUGAAAAAUGAAACAGUCAUAACAACUAGUGCUAUGACUCGAAGAUGACCUACACCGAUUAAUUUAAAAUCAUUAUACCUCGACCGCCAAGAAUAACACGAUUAUGUUUAUGUUUAUAUUUUUGUUUUGCAUGUUUACUAUGCACUACGGAA